AUGGCUAACGUAAUCACAAAUAAGGAUUUCAUAGUUGCAACCAAGUACAAGCUCAUUCGGAAGAUCGGGUCAGGCUCAUUUGGUGACAUUUAUGUAUCGAUUAAUGUCACGAAUGGAGAGGAGGUUGCUAUAAAACUUGAGAGUAACCGGGCUCGUCACCCUCAGCUACUUUAUGAAUCGAAAGUGUAUCGUAUUCUCCAAGGUGGUGUUGGAAUCCCUCAUAUUCGUUGGUAUGGUACCGAACGUGAGUAUAACGUGCUGGUUAUGGAUCUGCUUGGUCCUUCCCUUGAAGACCUGUUCAAUUUCUGCUCGCGAAGAUUCACAAUGAAGACUGUCUUAAUGCUCGCGGAUCAGAUGAUUGGACGCAUCGAAUAUGUGCACGUUAAGAACUUCAUUCAUCGUGAUAUCAAACCUGAUAAUUUUUUGAUGGGAAUUGGCCGACACUGCAACAAAUUAUUCCUCAUCGACUUCGGCCUCGCGAAGAAAUUCCGAGACUCUCGCACCAGAACACACAUUCCUUAUCGAGAGGACAAAAACUUGACGGGUACAGCUCGAUACGCUUCCAUCAAUGCUCACCUUGGUAUAGAGCAAAGCAGAAGGGAUGAUAUGGAGUCCCUCGGUUACGUGUUGAUGUACUUCAAUCGUGGCACGCUUCCUUGGCAAGGCUUGAAAGCAGCUACCAAAAAGCAGAAAUAUGAAAAAAUUAGCGAAAAGAAAAUGUCAACGUCUGUGGAGAUGUUAUGCAAAGGUUUUCCUGCGGAGUUUCCUAUGUACCUGAACUACACACGUGGGCUUCGUUUUGAUGAAGCACCAGACUAUAUGUAUCUUCGUCAGCUCUUCAGAAUUCUUUUCCGUACUUUGAACCAUCAGUACGACUAUACGUUCGACUGGACCAUGUUGAAGCAAAAAGCUUCUCAGUCUCAAAAUACUAUGCUCCAACCUGGAGCCAGUGGAUCCCAACAGCCGAUACCGAUCGUCUCACCUGCUCCUCCACAGCAGUAAAUCCUCCACAACAAUUCAAAGUCUGAGGACGUCGAUUAACUCAAACCCCCUUCCUCGUUGUGUGGUUCAGCUAUCCCACACAAGUUUUUCUCUUCCGCGGAUAUGGAACAUUACAUGAAAUGUUCUAUUAGGUUUUCCCAUUUGUCGUCGUUCCACAUCCUCUUCAAUAUGUUUUACUACUUGUGUUGAUUGUUGCUACCUGUCGGCCUCGUAUGUUUAGUUGGUUCGCGUGGUGCGGACUGGUGAUUUGUAUAAACUUCUAAUGCUCUUCUUCUGCAAAGUCAAUUAUUUGUGGAGGAGAAACACAUUCAAUGCUACAUUGAAUCUGAAAGCGUCGGCAGUUGGUUUUUUUUUCAAUCACAGAUUAGUCAAUUUGGCGUC